UAUUUUAACGCUGCGGUUCGUCAAAGGCGUUUUCGAAAGUCCUCAUCUCCUUUCUUCUUGCUUAAAAGCAACAUUGCUACAAAUAACGCUGCGGUGUAGAUAAUAAGUGGAUUAUCAACCAUUCAGGAUUGAAAGGAAGCAUUUAGUAGGCUUGACUUAUUAAAGAAAUACUUUUUAAAGUAUGAGCAUGGAAAUUUCAGAUAAUUUUGAUGUUCCAGCCAAUCUUGAGGCUCUUUCCAAGGAGGAGUUAAUUAAAAUAAUUAAACACUUGCAAGAUAAAGAACUGCCGAAGAAAAAUAAAGAUAUCAGAAAAAAAUUUGCAACACCUUUUGAUUUUAAAAAAUACAAAAAAAGACAUGUAGCCUUAAAAUUCCUGUAUCUUGGUUGGGAUUAUUCUGGAUUUACUGUUCAAAUCCAUACUGAGAAAACUAUUGAAGCUCAGCUAUUUAAUGCAUUAGAAAAAACAAAACUUUUAGAAUCAAGAGAAACUUCAAAUUAUAACCGUUGUGGGCGCACAGACAAAGGUGUAUCUGCAUUUUGUCAGGUUGUCUCUUUAGAUCUUCGUACAAAUUUAAAUGAAGGCAAAGGCGUGAUAACUCCAGAUGACUUUUUGAAAGUUGGACGUAAAGUUUCAGAUAAAGAGAUUGAGUAUCCAUCGGUUCUGAACCGUGUUCUUCCUCCUGAAAUAAGAGUUAUUGGAUGGGCUCCUGUAGAUACAACAUUUAGUGCCAGAUUUGACUGUAAACAAAGGACAUACAAGUAUUGGUUCCCUUUGGGAGAUCUUGAUAUUUUUAGGAUGCAGGAAGCUGCACAAAAACUUGUUGGUGAACAUGAUUUUCGAAAUUUUUGCAAGAUGGAUGUUGGCAAUGGUGUAGUUAAUUACAAGCGAAAAAUUUUCAGUGUUGACAUUCAGCCUUUCUCAAGUAGUGAAGUGAAGGCAUAUGAUAUCAUAGAACUGACUGUGAUUGGACAAGCAUUCCUUUGGCAUCAGAUUCGUUGCAUUAUAUCAGUGUUGUUUCUUAUUGGUCAAGGCAAAGAAGAUUGUCAAAUUGUAGAUCAACUUUUAGAUAUUGAAAAUUGUCCAAGGAAGCCCCAAUACAACAUGGCUUCAGAAAUACCUUUGGUUCUGUUUGAUUGUGCUUAUGACAACAUAGAAUGGAUAUAUGAUAAAGAGUCAUUAAAACUUGUUAUAAAACAUCUUCAAAGUAUAUGGACAUACAAUGCUGUAAAGUCUGUGAUAACUAGGAAAAUGUUACAAGAGUUGGAAAAAAUGUGUUCUCUUGAUAAUCCAGUCUUAAACCAAGUGGAGUGUUUGCUGCCUGGAGUGAAACCACGUGAAUAUAAACGUCUUCUUGAUAGACAACGCUGUGGACUAAAAGUUCUGCGGUCUACCAACCCAAGCAAAGAAGGAUUCUAUUUCGGAAAUGUAAUGCAGUCUGUUGAAAAUUAGAAUGAAAAACACCCCAGAUUGAGAGCUUAGAAGAAAGAAUUGAGCACUAUAACAAGAAAAUUAAAACAAGUUUGAAGAGCUAAUGUUUUGGAAUUUGUUGUAUUCUGCUCAAAGAAAGAAGCUAAAUAAGUAUUAUUGAGUAUUUACAGUAAUUAUUAUAAUAGAUAAAACCUAAUUUUUUCAACCUAUUGAAUUAGAUGAAAGCCAUCAAAAUUAUAACUCGGUAUUUGCAACUUAGGAGAGAAAAAGAUAAUUUGCAAAUUAUUUUGUUAAUUUAUGUAAAAGAAUAAAAAAUUGUCCCUUUUAAAUCAUAUUAACUAUUAAAACUUAAAAAAUAUUUCACAGAAUGCUUAAACUACCCCUUUUUUGUUGUGUUUAAAUUUUCUUAUGAAUAUAUGUAUGGAACUUUUGCUUGAAAUAUUUUUAAACAGCACUGUUUUUAAAAUUUCAUUUUGUUAAAUUUUGCAGUUUUCCUAUUUAAACUACUUAAAAAAGCAUAAGAGAGUAAUUAACAAGAAAAAAAUUAUAUAUCAUCGAGUUAAACAAGCUAGAUAAUUUUUAAUGUAGAAUGUCUUAUUUAGCUGAAUAGCCGUUCUUCUGAUUUUACCAGUAGAAUGAAUUGCAAAGAUUGGCUUUUUAUUAGCAGAUUUGCAAAGAAAAUAAUAAUGUCAUGACCUUUGUUUAAAUUUUGCAUUUUUAAAGUACAUUUAGCUUGGGAAAUAGCGUAUUUGAAACAUACUAUGCUUUCUUUACUUUUUAUAAAUUUCAUACUAAUGGGACAUUUAUUUUAAAUCCUCCUGAAAUAAUUUUCUUUCUUAUUAUUUAAAUGGAAUAGUUUUAAAUAAUAAAUAAUUUUUAAUUAAGUCAAAUCAAAACAUUGAGUAUUAGUAGUAUGUUUAAGAAAUGUGAUGCUAAAGCAUUUUGAAUAGUUAAAAUAAAUCUGAGCAUGUAUAAAACCUACUUAAUUUUUUCUUAAACUGAAUUAUCUUUUAAAGAAUUGAUCAUAUAUAGUAUCAUAAUUUAAAUUUAUGUACUUAAUAUACUGGUGUUUAAGAAUUCAAAUGUUGAAAAUGUUCUUUGUGAAAAAUUGUGUGAAUUGUUUGUGUGAAAAAUUAGAAAAAUUAAUUUUUUUUCCUAACUUAAUGUAAUGUUAGUGUUAGCUGAAGAGAGUAGUUAAUUUUAUAAUUUAUAAAUAAUAGUGUCAGAAAUGAUAUACUGCAGUAAUAUCAGAUGAUCUGCAAAAAUUCGUUAGUCAGUAUACAUAAUGUAAUAAAUGUUAUGAUAUCAGUC